GAGAGCUAAGCUUUUGUAGGGAUACGAUGGAUACUGAAUUCUACAUAAAAGGCUCCAAAACCCACUAUAUCUCUACAAAAAUGAAUUCUCAUGCUAAUAUGAUGGCACUGUCAUUGCACGAUUACAAUUAAUUAGCAAUAUUUUAUUAUUUGAAUUAUUCCGAGUGAGCCCACAAUAAUAUUUCUAAUUUUUCUCAUAAACAAGCAUUUUAUCCUUUACUCUUGUUUCCCAGUCUGGAUAUUCACUGCCUCCAAUCAAGUGUUUAGCCUGGGCUAGCCAUUAAAAUACUCAUUGUCUUCAUUAAGCUGGGUGGUCGAACAACACUGUAUUUUAAGGGACUUGAACGACGGCCCAACAUCUUUCGAGGCACUCAAUUGUCAAGGUACUCAAAAUGUUACAUAUAGAUAGUACAACGACUGAAGCACAACGUUUAAGUAUUUUUCAAGCUAUGAAGAUCCUUCUGAAGUUUCUUGCUGUAUAGUUGGUCAAAAUUUGGAUUUACUCAUAUUGCGAAAACUCGACUCGUAAAAAAUUUGUUGCCAUCAGGAAGACUCCGAGCAAAUUUCUGGUAUAAAAACUACAGUUUUAUGAAAUUUAGACUUAAUUUUCAAACUGUAAAAUUUUGUAUUUGCCACAAAGCAUUCAAUUAUUUGUGAGUGUUUGCUAGAAAUAGCUUAGCCUAAGCUCCACGCAUAGAUUUCUGGAUAAGCCUACUCUUUGGCUGAACUCAUCGAUUUGCUAUAAUCUUGAUUUAACUGAAUGGCAAAAGUACUCUGAAGCAGUUUGUUCUUUGUGUAAUUCAGGUGGUUUCCAUCUUGUCUCUUCUCACCUGGGUCAGUAGCUUUGGGAAAGAAUUCAACAUCCUAACCCACCUUUUCUUAGUCGUGGCAAUAAGAAAUGAGAUGCCUUCAAGGCUGUGGAGCUGGGGAUUAAGCUUGAUAAGUUUUACCAAUAAUUUAUUAGACUCGCCAUCUUUUAUAAUGAGAGUAGCGUCAUGAUCGUUCCUUAGGCUACGAAUAGAUAGACUGCCUCUGGACAAUAUAAAAGGAGUUCAUGCUCUCUUUCUGCAGUUGUUCACCCUGUUGUUUCAUGACAUGCUGCUUGCAAAUCUGUUCCCUUUAAACUUCCAAGUAAUGUUCGAGUAAGUCUGUCUCAUUUGGAAGGAAAUAUAUUUAAUUUCUGUUGAAAUCUUAGACCGGAUUGAUAAGGAUUUAAAUUUUAUUUGAGAACAGCUUUUAAUCGAAGCCAGUUUCCAAGGCAAUAUUAUUGACUCCAAAUGGCACCUAACCAAUGGGUUUCCUUCACCAAAAUAGAUUUAAUGUUUUAAGCAGAACGAAGGCUCGUUGAGUUCAUAACAGUCAAGUCUUGCUUUUGGUAUUGAUCAGUUUUG